GAGUAAUGAAAAGAAUAUUUGGAGAAAUAUAGAUAGUAAGCCUUACUGCUCAACUUUCUGGCGCAUUGAGUCGAGGCAGUUGCAGAAAGCAGGUGAACGCAGGGCAAAGGAAGCGCGCGCUCUCUCUCGGGGAAAGCAGGCGACGGAGCGGAGGUUGUUGUUCCGACGAAGCAGCUGUAUCAUAUCUCUCCACAUCAAAUUCGAAUACCAAUCUGACUAGAGUAGUACAUCAAUUCUAGGUUUCUGAAAAAUGAGCGAGCCAGCGGGAGGCACUUCGCUUGAGAGCAGGCCUGGAAUCUUCCUGAUUGGAUCUCCCAAUGUCGGCAAACGCACCCUCCUCUCCCGACUACUCUCCUUUGAUUUUGUAGAUGCUUCUGAUUCAUCAACUGAAGUGCUUGUCCAUGGGUGGACUAUCAACACAAAGUACUACACAGCUGAUGUUUCUGUUUGGAUGGCACAUCUUCAUGAUGAAUUUUCUAUCACUUCUCUGCCAAUAUUCAAUCGCUUGGCUGCCUUGGUGAUGGUUUUCGAUAUGAGUGAUCCACCAUCUCUUGUAGCACUUCAGGACUGGGUUUCUCGCACUGAUAUUCAGAAGUUUGACAUAUUAUUAUGCAUUGGGAACAAGGUGGAUCUUGUUCCAGGCCAUUCAGCUCAUGUUGAAUACAGAAGACGGCUACAGAGGCUUGCAGACUCCUCAGAGGAUUCUCAUUCAGAGUUUACAGCAUAUGGACUCUCUGAAACUGAAGGAAGUAGUCUAUUGGGAGAUGAGGAACCAUCAUGGGAGAUUAGGAGGUCAUGUUUUGAAUGGUGCACAGAGCACAACAUUGAGUACAUUGAAGCCUGUGCAUCGAAUGCUGAUUUUGACAAUUGUUUAUCAGUUGAUGGUGAUUCACAAGGAGUUGAACGACUCUAUGGUGCUAUUUCUGCUCAUAUGUGGCCUGGAAUGAUCCUUAAAUCUGGCAAUAAGAUCAUAGAGCCAUCAUUUCCUGGAAAACAAGACUUGUCAGAAGAAGAAUCUGAUUACGAAAUUGAGUAUGAAGUCCUAUCAGAUGGUUCAGCUGAACCAUGGGAUGGCACAGAUGAAGAAUGGGUGUCUGCAGAUGGUCCUGUUGCAACUGCAGUUCUAGGGAGUGCAGAUAUUCAGACUACUGAUAUGAAGGGAUGUGAUCAAGGGAAAGGAAUUAAAUAUGAUGGAGAAAACCUGCAGCCUUCUACGUCAGGGGCUCCAUUGCAGGAACGGAUGGAAAUAGAAAUGGUACCCAAAGAAGAUGGAUUUUCUGAAGCCGCAGAGCGAAGCGAAGAUGGACCCAAAGAAUAUGGAUCCAUUGACAGGGAUUUGGAGCCAGAUGAGGGUACGCUUUUUGAAUUUGAGGAUUUGGAACAGUUGAUGUCUGAAAUUGGGAAUGUGCGGGACAGUUUGAGGUUGAUGCCUGAUUUUCAGAGGAGAGAAAUGGCAGCAAAGCUGGCAAUGAAAAUGGCUUUAAUGUUUGGAGACAGCAGUGGAGACGAGGAGGGAUUUGAUUGAUAAAUAAGAGGGGAUAAUUUUGUUGUGGGCAGAAAAUUAGUGGUGUGAGGGGGUGGUCAUCCCUGAAUCUUAAUCCUGAAUUUAUCCAUGAAAUAAUUUAUAAGCGUGGAAACUAGCGAGUAUGGUGGAUGGGCUCCUGGGAAAACUUAUUGCACUGCUUUUGCUCUAAUUGCCUUCAGCUGGAGAUGUUCAUGCAUUGGUGUUAAAAAUAUCUUGGAAAGCAGAAUUAUAUGAGGAACUUACAAUUUUGCAAAUGUAAGGUAUGUAUCUUGAAUACCAUUUUACUAUUGAGAAAGAGUGACGUUUCCUUCUGUAACCGUGUGCAUUUUAACAGUAGAUGGCCUGUAAUGCCUUCUGCAUUUGCUACACCUUAUUGCUGGAAAUAAUACCAAAUUUCCUAAA